AUGACUCACUCCGCUCAAACGCAACAAGCAACCGAAGACAUCCACUCCAUGUUCCCAACUGCUGGCGUGGACAACAUGGCCAGUGAGACUCUUGUCGAAUCUUACCGGUCGCUUGAUCCCUCUGCCGCCUCGCUGGAGGACUACAACCGCUCCAUGCUGGAAUACACCCAGCGCCAAAUGUCUUCCUUCGUCGACACGGAUAACUCUCGCCGUGAUAGCCGGAGCAGCGGCAAGAGUGGCCGUAGCCUCGCCUCUAGCGGCAGCAACAUGUCCCGACAGGCCAAUGGGCCUCUCACGCCCAUCAGCAAUGCCGCCCCCUCCGCCGAGAACAAGAUCGGUAGCCGUGACAUGGCCGACGCUAAGUCUGUUGGAUAUUAG